AUGAGUUGUAGGUUUUCGGUGGACAAGGAUUUUAUUACUGCUCCUGAAUUAAGCCAGCUCUUUGGAGAACUUCUUGGCGUCUGGUGCUAUUAUGAACUGGCAAAUACAGGGCAUAUAGGACCUUGGCAGCUUGUUGAAUGUGGGCCAGGCACAGGACAACUCAUGCACGAUAUCCUAGUGACAAUGGACAAGUUUCAGGAAGAGAAUGUGUACAUUUGGUGGAGACAUCUGAGCCCUCAUUCUGCAGCAAGAAGAGCUGCUUUGUGGCUCGUGCUCGUCAGCAGUGAGCUCAUCCAGUACCGUGACUCCAAUGGGGUAUGGAAUGAGAUUUACAUCAACAUUGAUGACUCAGGAGAACUGUGCUUCAUGAGAUCUAAAGGCGAAAACCUACACACACGGGGUUUGAUACCAGAGGAUAUCCGCGCCGACAAGGAAAGGCUUCAUUGGGAAUGCUGUCCAGAGGCUGGUACCUUCGUGAAUCAAAUAACGGAAAGAAUCGUCUAUAAUGGCGGGUUUGAACUUAUCAUUGAUUACGGUCAUAAUGGACUAACAGCUCUCAGAUGA